AUGGCCACUACGGGCAACCCUUCGAACAGACCGAGUGAUCACUAUUCAAACGAAAGCUUUGAUGUAUUUACCAGAAGCAGGAGCGUUCGUAAUACAUUCGCCGCUCUCUUCUGCUUGUGGGUUAUAUGGAGUCUCCUAUGGCUAUUGAGACUCUGCUUCUCAAGAUCGGCUAAAAGUGGAGAAACCGAUCGCGAAUCCGCGGAUCGUGGGACAACUGAUCGUGCGGGAGCUACCAACUCGGGAGGACGAUUUCAGGGAAAGAACAUCAAAAGAGCUCAUGAAUAUGCUACUCAUUUACUGUUGGGUCUGCUCAGUGCUCUUGUUGUUAAUAGUCUGGGUCGUGGCUCAGGGGUCUCGGUUGAAGUUAUUGCCUGGGUAUACUUUGGACUCGCUCUCAUAUGGCUUGCGGCCGAACUAAUGGGUGUGCGAAUCGCAAGAUUGAUUCUAGGCCCAAUCGAAGCUAUUCUUUUGCUUGUUAUCUUCAUUAUCGCGUGGUCUUGGGGCUGGCCUGUAUGGGUACCCUGA